GUUAUGUUGUGAUUACUGUAUUUACGAAUUUAGCACCAAAAUAUCACAAUGUAUUGAAAACAUUGACUACAAAAAUGCGUUGGAUAAUCCAGAACGUUGGAUAUGCGAGUGUUGGAUAAGUGAGACUCUACUGUAUUAUUUUACUCUAUUAUUAUUAAAAGGAUACAUAAGGGCAUUUACAUUGAAGAAGAUGAGAAUGAUUUGAUCAGUUGGACAGUCUUAUCUUAAAUUUGAGCUUUAUGUAAAUAUUCAAAAACAUUUAAACUACCGAUGCCUCAAUUAAUGUAAUUUUAUUGGUAUCUCGGCUUAUACUGGAGUCAAUGUUUUCCCAGGUUUUUUUGUGGUAAAAUUAGGUUCCUCGGCUUAUACUCGGGUCGGCUUAUACUUGAGUAUAUACGGUAAGUGCUUUCUGUUUACACACUGAGUGAUUUCAGAUUCUGCAAGAACCAAGGGUUCGGGAGCCCAGAUGGGGUAGAAGGCAAAAUCAGAGGUUUAUUCUCAAUGGCCAGAGAGGAUGUCAGCAGAGAAAGCGCUCCAAAGUACUAACACACCACAGUUGGUAACACAAAGCCUUUUUAAUUUCAUUUCAAAGCUAUUCAAGAAACCUGUGCCACCUGAUUGGUUUACACGUACCCCUCCCUCUCUCUUUCUUCCCUCCUUUUUCUUUCUUCUUGCACCUCUUUCAUCCUUCCCCUUCUUUCUUCCCUCCCUUUAAACCUUUUCACAUUUCCUUUUUCUUCUUUCUCCAUCCCUUCCUUCCUUUCUUCCCUUCCCUCAUAACUUUCCCUUUCUCCUCUUUCCUUUUUCUUCUUCCCGCAUCCCUCUCUUCCGUCUCCCUUCUUUUCUCUUUCCAUCCAUAUAUUUCCCCUUUCCCUUCUUCCUCUCCCUCAUAGCUUUUAUCAUUUCCUUUCACUUCUUUCUUUCCCUCUUUUUUCUUUCUCUGCCUUCCCUUUCUUUUUUCCCCUUUGCUUUCUUUCCCUACUUUUUCUUGCUUUUCUUUCUCCCCUUUAUACACCGAAAAGCAGCCAAUCCAUUUCACCCUUUUUAAGAGUGACAUCAGAGGGCCACUUCACCUAACAACAUCCAAACCGCUUCACUCUUCUUUCCUAGUGACGGCACAGAGGGCCACUUCACCUAGCAGUAACCAAUCUGCUUCACCCCCUUUUCUAGUGACCUCACAGAGGGCCACUUCACCCAGAAACAGCAAAUCCACUUCACCCUUUUCCUAGUGACAUCUCAGAGGGCCACACCAUCCAACAGCCAAUUUGCUUCAUCCUUUUUCUAAUGACAUCUUAGAGGGCCACUUCACCCAGCAACAGCAAAUCCGCUUCACCUUUUUUCUAGUGACAUCUCAUAUGGCUACUUCACCUUGCAACAGCCAAUCCGCUUCACCCUCUUUUCCUUGGGAUAUCACAGAGGGCCACAUUAUCCAGCACCAGUCAAUCCACUCUUUCUAGUGACAUCUCAGAUGGCCACUUCACCUAACAGUCAACCCACUUCAUCCUUCUUUUCUAGUGACAGCUCUGAUGGCCACUUCAUCUAGCAACAGCCAUUCCACUUCAUCCCUUUUGUGGUGACAUCACCGAGGGCCACUUCACCUAGCAACAGCCAAUCCGCUUCAUCCUUUUUUCCUAGUGACAUCACAGAGGGCCACUUCACCUAACAGUCAAUCCGCCUCACCUUUUUUUCUAGUGACUUCUCAGAGGGCCACUUCACCCAGCAACAGCCAUUCUACUUCAUCCCUUUUUCUUAGUGACAUCACAGAGGGCCACUUCACCUAACAGUCAAUCCGCCUCACCUUUUUCUAGUAACAUCUCAGAGGACUACUUCACCCAGCAACAGCCAAUCUACUUCAUCCCUUUUUCUUAGUGACAUCACAGAGGGCCACUUCACCUAACAGUCAAUCCGCCUCACCUUUUUUUCUAGUAACAUCUCAGACGGCCACUUCACCCAGCAACAGUCAACCCACCUCAUCCCUUUUUCUUAGUGACAUCACAGAGGGCCACUUCACCUAACAGUCAAUCCGCCUCACCUUUUUUCUAGUGACAUCUCAGAGGGUCACUUCACCCAGCAACAGGUAAUCCGCCGUUGUUUGUUGUUUCUUCCUUUAUUCACCAAUACUCAAAGUAUGUGUUCGCACUUUCCAAUAUUUGUGGCCUUAUCAGUGAAAUUCCUAUAGGUUUAUUAUAUCCAAAUCCAUCAGCCAUUUAACUGAGGCCUAAAACAAACCAGGAGGCAAAGCUUUCCUUGCCAGACCAAAAACUCAUGCCAGUUUGGGCGGGAAAAAGUAGCUGAGACAAGUGCGCAUGCGCAAGAUUUCACGCUGGGGGUUGGACCUGUCUGUUAUGCUUCGGAGCUCCGCCCCCUCUCCUCCGAGUUCCUUUCGGCCUCGUGCCGACGGCUCCCACCCCGCCCCCUUCCGCUUCGGGAAUCUCCGCCCACCUUCGCCUCCUUCGGCGCGCCGCCUUCGUGGCUUUCCGAUCCCGCUCUUCGCCUGUUUCCGCCACCUUGUGACGGAAACGACCGAAGACGAGGCCGAGGUGAAGUAGAACGAGAGGACGCUGCGGGUUGGCCGGCUCCCUCCGUGGGAGGAACCAUCUGCGGCUGGCCCGGAGGGGGGAAAGGACCGGAGGAGCCAAGAUCGAGCGAAGGGAAGGCAGGAGAUGCCACCCCGCUUUCUUCCUUCCCUAAUGGUAGAUGCCUACGGGUCCCGAGAGCGACCGAUUCAACACUGCGGCGCCCGUCAGGCGGGAGGGUUAAAAUCAGAAGCUGUUCCGGCCGAUAAGCUAUCUGUGAAACUCUUUCCUGGUGAACAAGAAUGGAAGGCAUUUCAUUGUGAACAGUAACUGACCCGAAUAGUAAUUUGGAGGUUUUUUCCGAAUUGACCAAGCAUUGACCAUGGAACUCUAGGUAUGUUGGAAUACUGACAGCACAAUCACAACGAGGAAUGCUGAGAUUGUGAGCUUCUUCAUGCUUGCCUUAUACAUCCAAUGGUAAUACAAUGUGGAGAGAGAAGAUAAUAGUAGGCUUGCUGUUUUUCCAUUUCUCUGGCCCAGAGGAGACAAUUUGUUGCCAUGCUGGCCCUGCUGUUGCUCUCCUGACAACUCCAAGUUAACUGAAGCUUGGGGAGAAGAAUUGUAUCACUGGGUCCAAUUGGAUCAAAGGUUGCCUCCAUCAUCCCAAGGAGAAGAUGAAAUUUCCAUUCUAUUGGCCCUUUGUCAAACUGGCACAAUAGCAUCUCCUUCCAGAGGCUUGCGGAGAAGAACAGUCCUGGUUAUGGCUACUGAUCCAACGUGAUCGGGGUGCGGCACCCACUCUUGGACUCAUGACUGGGUAUACCAUGUUGCGGAAUGGGGGCGUAGGGAAUGGAGGUCAGCCCUGGAUGUUACGAUGGUCCAGUCGCAUUCGGCUCACUUGGCUUAGCUUCACACUGUUCAUCAUCCUGGUCUUCUUCCCGCUCAUUGCCCAUUACUACUUAACCACCAUAGAUGACGCAGAUGAUGCUGGCAAGCGCAUCUUUGGCCCCCGCACAGGAAACGAGCUGUGCGAGGUGAAGCACGUCCAAGACCUGUGCCGCAUCCGAGAGUCCGUGAGUGAGGAGCUCCUCCAGUUGGAAGCCAAGCGCCAAGAGUUGAACAGCGAGAUUGCUAAACUGAACCUCAAGAUUGAAGCUUGCAAGAAGAGUAUUGAGAACGCCAAGCAAGAUCUCUUGCAGUUGAAGAAUGUCAUCAGCCAAACAGAACAUUCUUACAAAGAACUGAUGGCUCAGAACCAGCCCAAGCUCUCCCUACCCAUCCGUCUGCUGCCAGACAAAGAUGAGACUAACUUCCCCUUGCCAAAAUCCAACAGGAACUGCCGGCUACACAACUGCUUUGACUACUCACGUUGCCCGCUAACCUCUGGCUUCCCUGUGUAUGUCUACAACAGUGACCAAUUCAGUUUUGGGAACUCGUUAGACCCUUUAAUUAAGCAAGCCUUUGAAUCCACUGUCAGAACUAAUGUGUAUGUUACUGAAAAUGCAAACAUUGCCUGUAUAUACAUAAUCCUAGUGGGGGAAAUGCAGGAGCCUGUAACGCCAAAACCUACUGAAAUUGAGCAACAGUUGCACACACUACCCUACUGGAGGACAGAUGGACACAACCAUCUCAUCAUUAACUUAUCCAGGAAGUCGGAAACUCAGAACUUCCUCUAUAACAUCAGCACCGGGAGAGCCAUGAUCGCCCAGUCCACCUUCUAUGAUGUGCAGUAUCGUCCAGGCUUUGACAUCGUGGUGUCUCCUCUCGUCCAUGCCAUGUCUGAACCCAACUUCCUUGAGAUCCCUCCCCAGGUGCCAGUCAAACGGAAAUACUUAUUCAGUUUCCAAGGAGAGAAGGUAGAGUCUCUCCGAUCCAGCCUGCAAGAAGUGCGUUCGUUUGAGGAGGAAAUGGAAGGCAACGCCCCGGCAGAUUACGACGACAGGAUCAUUGCCACCCUGAAAGCUGUCCAAGACAGCAAGUUGGACUUUGUCUUGGUAGAAUUCACAUGCAAGAACCAGCCUAAGCCAAGCCUGCCCACUGAGUGGGCUCUUUGUGGAGAAAGGGAAGACAGACUCGAGCUACUGAAACUAUCUACUUUUGCACUGAUAAUCACCCCAGGCGACACCCACCUUGUCAUCUCUUCUGGGUGUGCAAUGAGACUCUUUGAGGCUCUGGAAGUCGGAGCCAUCCCAGUGAUCCUUGGGGAGCAAGUCCACCUGCCCUAUCACAAUGUGAUCCGGUGGAAUGAGGCAGCCUUAAUCAUACCAAAGCCACGUAUCACAGAAGUGCAUUUCCUUCUGAGGAGCAUUUCUGACAAUGACCUCUUGGCCAUGAGGAGGCAGGGCCGCUUCUUGUGGGAGACCUACUUUUCCACCUCAGACAGUGUCUUCAGCACUGUCUUGGCCAUCAUAAGGACUCGAAUCCAAAUCCCAGCUGUCCCCAUUCGAGAGGAAACGGCGGUAGAGAUCCCUCACCGAUCUGGCAAAGCUGCUGGCACAGAUCCCAACAUGGCCGACAAUGGGGACUUGGACCUGGGGCCGGUGGAAACGGAGCCGCCAUAUUCCUCUCCCAAAUACCUGCGCAAUUUUACCCUCACAGCAAUGGAUAUUUACAGAAACUGGAAUGCAGCUCCUGGGCCUUUCCACCUCUUUCCCCACACACCCUUUGACCCUGUCCUGCCAUCAGAAGCGAAGUUCUUAGGGUCUGGGACUGGGUUUCGACCUAUCGGAGGGGGAGCUGGUGGCUCCGGGAAGGAGUUCCAAGCCGCAUUGGGUGGCAAUGUCCCCAGGGAACAGUUUACAGUAGUCAUGUUGACGUACGAGCGGGAGGAAGUAUUAAUGAACUCCUUGGAGAGGCUCAACGGGCUCCCUUACUUAAACAAAGUGGUAGUGGUCUGGAAUUCACCCAAGCUUCCAUCAGAAGAUCUCCUGUGGCCGGACAUUGGAGUUCCAAUUGUGGUUGUACGCACGGAGAAGAACAGCUUGAACAACCGGUUUCUGCCCUGGGACGAGAUUGAGACGGAGGCCAUCUUGUCGAUUGACGACGAUGCCCAUCUUCGCCACGACGAGAUUAUGUUUGGAUUCCGGGUCUGGAGAGAAGCCAGGGACCGUAUUGUUGGAUUCCCUGGGCGCUACCACGCGUGGGACAUCCCACACCAGUCCUGGCUCUACAACUCCAAUUACUCCUGUGAGCUCUCCAUGGUGCUGACUGGCGCUGCCUUCUUUCAUAAGUAUUAUGCCUACCUGUAUUCCUAUGUGAUGCCACAGGCCAUCCGUGACAUGGUGGAUGAAUACAUCAACUGUGAGGAUAUUGCCAUGAACUUUCUGGUCUCCCACAUCACCAGGAAGCCGCCUAUCAAGGUAACUUCACGAUGGACUUUCCGCUGCCCCGGCUGCCCUCAGGCCCUUUCGCACGAUGACUCCCACUUCCACGAGCGGCACAAAUGCAUUAACUUCUUUGUCAAAGUCUACGGUUACAUGCCCUUGCUCUACACCCAGUUCCGGGUGGACUCAGUCCUCUUCAAGACCCGACUUCCCCACGACAAGACAAAAUGUUUCAAAUUCAUCUAACAAAGGAGGUGUUUAUUGGUUACGGACAUCUGCAGAACAAGGGGAGCAAGGAGGAAUGGUCAGAGAACCCUCCACAUCCAGGACAGAAUUCCUCGUUCGGUCCAAGUCAGGACACAAUCAUGAAUUCUGCAGGCCCCAAAGGAACUGUCCAGUGUGGGGACCUGUGUCAAAACUCUUUAUGUUUCAAAUCACUUGCGAAGAAGAAGAGAAAGAAGAAGAAUGAGAAGAAUUAAUGUGACUUUGGUUAGUUCCCCAGCUAGUGGGUUAGCCAAGGGCAAAACUGGGGUUUUUUAAAAUAAUUAUUAUUUAAAUUGGAAGUGUUUUAGAUAUGCCUUUCUAAGGCUUUCUAUUUUGGGGAGGUGGGUUAGGGAGGGAAGGGUUGUUUUAGUUUUGUUUUCUUUCUUGCCCGGAUCGUCUGUCACUUGGGGAGAAACAGAAUCCCAGGAGAGACCUGAACUUCUCAAUGACCCCAAGAUGCACUUUGGGGAAAAUAGAUCUGGCCUCCGGAGGCCCUUUGCCACUUGUUUCCUUGGUGUGCUGUGCUUAAGAUCUGCUAGGGAUUUCAUGGAGGAUUUCAUGGUCUCGUACCCCAGUAGCUUCUAAGGAGCUGACUUCUUCUGGUGAGCUUCUGCCUCCAUUUUCUUGCCAUCUUCGACAGAAGAAGUUCCUUUGGAAGCCCACCUGUCCCAUGUGCCUGCUGAUGGACCACGCUCUCACCCUCAUUUCAUGAGGGUCUCCAACUGUUGGGAUCUGGGUUCCUCCCCAACCACCAAUGCCUGCCCCCAACCCUUUGCCUUCUUCACCCAUCCCCAAUGCUCCUUCCCAUGCCAUGUGCUUUGGUUCAGCUCCACCACUCUGGAAGGUCUGGAUGCCACCACGACAUAGAUGAAAUAGAAACCUCUGUUGUUGUGAUGCUCCUGGGGAAUUAAACUGUGAUCUACA